CCAGCCCUCAAAGGCCGGAUGGAACGAUAUGCUCUCGACGAUGAGACGUGAUGGUCGUUCUCAACUUUACUCUGACCCCUGAGGCGGCGGCUAAGGUCCACGAUAUACUCAUAUGCCUUGCGAAAUUCAGCGACACGGUGGCAAUUGAAGCGCGUCGUGAACGUUUCACGUUUACUGCCCUUAACUCCUCCAAAUCCGCAUAUGCUGCCUUGACUCUGGACGGAAAUCAAUUCUUUGCCAGCUAUGAGUUUCUCUCAAGCCAUGGAGGUUCCGAUGGUCGAUUCACAUGUAGCAUGUACGCCAAGGCGUUGCUUUCCGUCUUCAAAGCCCGCUUGAACGAUCCUCUCAGAAGAGAUGGAGCAAUCGAUCGAUGCGAAGUCAGCAUCCAGGAUAGACCGGAUGCUACUCAAUGUCGUUUCAUUGUCAAGAUGGUCUGCGACCAAGGUGUCAUCAAGACAUACAAACUGACGUACGAAGCGGUCGAUGUUAUGCAUGCACUCUUUGACCGCAAUGCAGCAAAGAAUAGAUGGUCUAUGCACUCGAGUGCGAUGAAAGAGUACAUUGAGUACUUCGGCCCAAGGAAUGAGUUACUCGAUAUCGUUGCCGGACAGGACGGUCGAGCCAUUUUCAAGACAUAUACGGAUAAACUACAGAGUGGAAAGGAUAUCUUGAAGCAUAGCCUCUCCACUGCUGUUGCAGUGAACACUGGGGAUUUCGAAGAAUUUAAGGUGGACUCCGGACUCCACAUUGUCAUUAGCGCUAAGGACUUCAAAGCCAUCGUCGCCCACGCGGUUACGUUGAAAACCAAUCUCAAAGCAUAUUACUCGCAGCCGACCCGGCCGCUGCAGUUCAGUUAUGGGAGUGACGGUGUGCUGUGCGAGUUCACUCUCAUGACUUCCGGAGACUACGACGCCAGUGCGAAUGCAACGCCAGCUCCUCAGCAGAUUCCUAGCAGAACAGCAUCCCAAGCGCAGUCUGCCGCAACUGAAAGGAUAGAGGACAGAAGUAUCAGGUCUGAAAUGCCUCCUCCAGUUGAACCAGCGUCGCGCGCCGAGCCACGCCGGCGCAUCCCAGGUUCGCGGAAAGAAACGACACCGAAGCCUCCUCAACCAGGGUCGCAGGGUCUCUUUGUCAGCCAAGAUGAUGAAGAUGCUCGUUGGGAGCCUGUUGACUAUAACAAUGAGGAGGAAACAUUGGGUUGGGAUGCCAGUGCAGAGCAUGACGCUGCAUUGUUUCCCACCUUUCGCGAUAAUGCCAGCCUGUCACGAACGGAGACGGCUGAGAGCAAUGAUGCUGUCGCCCCGACCCAAAGGGUAUCGCAGAUCAAAGGGCUUUGGUAGAGAGUGAUAGAUCCAUAAGUGGGUGGAGUUUCCUGGCGUGAGCCUUGGUGUAGACACGCAGUCAGUUAUGACUAACCUCACUUCCAAACCAAAUAUGGUACUGCCGGAGAAUCGAGCUUCGACGUAUCACUUGCUGAUCUCAUGGCAAGUAUCUCUGAUGCAAUCGAACUUCCUAAAACGCCUUCAAGGUCUUCAAGGUGUCGAGAUGCGUUGAGGGGUAUCAAACAGCCAGCAUUGUAUGCAUACUCCUCACCCAGAGUCUCAGCUGCCGUCACCGUCCUUAACCACUACAAAACUUGUAGAGUAACCGGCUCCAAUCUGAACUACCUC